AAGACGGAGGGUAAGAAUUCCGAGACGAUGUCGUUCUGUGUGGACAUUGUCACCGAGGAUUCCUUCUACGAGAAUCUGACCCUCGGCGUGGUCAAGAUCCUCGAGGGCUCGCCGUGCGUGAGAAAUGUGCGAGUCGAGAGGCGAAACGGCUGCGAAUCCGGCGCCAUUACCACCUGGGAGCAACGCCAUUGCUGCACGCUUCCCGAGGACAUCCGGAAUUUUUACGCCUCCAUCGACGGUUUCCUGCUACAGUGGAAUCUUGAUAUAUCAGGCGAGGAAUUCUCAAUAGGUCGUAUGGAAAUCGGCGGUCUUUCGUCGCUAAAGAGAUACGUCGGCAAGGAUCGGCAGGCGGGACCAUCGACGCAAGAAUCGGGGGCCCAAGGAGGAAACGUCACCGCGGAGCCGCAGGAUGCCAUGUUUUCCGGGGACUCGCGCGACUGCAAACUCUUCGAGAUCGGCCAGUGCUUUCCGGGGCCCGAAAACAGUAGGAUCUAUUUGGCAUAUCGUUCUAAACAGGAACAGAACUCGCCGAGUAUUUGGCUCCAUCGAGGCAGCGGCUGGUACCAUCUGGCUGACAAUUUUACCACGUACUUCCGCAUGAUGCUGGUUCAUUUGGGCCUGCCACUGUGGCAGUGUUGCGUCGCCGGGUUGCCCCUGCCUACCUGGGUCGAGCAAGCGUAUUUUCUGAUCGGGCCCCAUCUGUUGCCGUCCACCGUCGAGCCUACCGAGUCUGUGUCUGUUUCAUUGUGGAAUAACGGACCCGUUAACGUUCUUGAUCCGGCUAUCUUCAAGGCCAAGGAUAAUAAGCAGAGAAACGCUCGCAAAAAGUGAGCUUAUUUCAGUAUUGGUACUUGACAUUUUUUACGAAAGCAGAGUUCCGCUCAAGAUCAAGCUGAUAAUAAAGAAAAUUUGUAAUCUUUGCAGAUUCCCAAUAGAUCCUACCACAACAUAGUGAAAUAUUCUUUCUAAUACUUUAUCACUGAUUGAGUAUAGAUUACUAUAGAUGAAUACGUGUAAUAUGUGAUCACGAGUAUCAAACAGUGAAAAAUGGGUUUUCUCACUUUUCUCGCCAUGUAUCUAUAGAUAU